UUCGUCCAAAAAAAUCCUCUCCGAACCCUUUAUCUUCCCUUCCCCUUUGCACUCUCUCUCAUAUGCCCUAGAUUGCUCGUCUGUUGUCGGCGGUGAGCUACUGUUCUGUAGCAGCGAGGUCGUCUAUCAGAUUCUUGCCGAGGCUUCCCCGUGAAUUUUGACAACAAACCGAGAGCGACAAACUCUCUGCAACCAUGCCGCAGGGAGAUUACAUAGAGCUUCACAGGAAGCGGUAUGGAUACCGACCAGACCACUUCGAGCGAAAGCGCAAGAAGGAGGCUCGUUUGGUCCACAAGCGUUCAGAGACUGCCCAGAAGGCUCUGGGUAUCAAGGGUAAGAUGUUUGCUAAGAAACGCUAUGCAGAAAAGGCUCUCAUGAAGAAAACGUUGGCUAUGCAUGAGGAGUCAUCAACUAGGCGCAAGGUGGAUGAUGAUGUUCAUGAAGGAGCUGUUCCAGCAUAUCUUCUGGAUCGUGACAACACAACACGUGCAAAAAUUCUCAACAACACCAUCAAGCAAAAAAGGAAGGAGAAAGCUGGGAAAUGGGAAGUCCCUCUACCCAAGGUAAGGCCUGUGGCUGAAGAUGAGAUGUUCAAAAUUCUUAGAUCUGGAAAACGCAAGACCAAGCAAUGGAAGAGGAUGGUCACAAAAGCCACAUUUGUAGGACCUGGUUUCACGAGGAAACCUCCUAAGUACGAGAGGUUUAUCCGGCCCAGUGGAUUGCGAUUCACCAAAGCUCAUGUGACACACCCUGAACUUAAGUGCACUUUUAACCUUGAGAUCAUUGGUGUGAAGAAGAAUCCCAAUGGUCAAAUGUAUACCUCUCUUGGUGUUUUGACCAAGGGAACCAUCAUUGAGGUGAAUGUAAGUGAACUUGGUCUAGUCACACCUGCAGGGAAAGUUGUAUGGGGGAAAUAUGCUCAGGUGACGAAUAAUCCAGAGAACGACGGAUGUGUAAAUGCAGUCCUGCUCGUUUAAGAGGGCCGCUCAAUCAGCAUCACUGAAUUGUGGAAUGGACUUCUGGCCAUCCAUGUCUCAUCAUGCACCGCCAGCCAACAUGUCCUCGCCCCAAAAGUUUUUGACACAAAUAUGGUUUUAAACUGAGAGAUCGAACGUUUGUAUGUCGCGUAAUUUUGUCUCUAGAACCUAAAUGUUGAGUGCAGAUUGUGGCUAAUUCAGAAUAACUCUUUGUUCAAAUUUAUUACCAAAUCAGUGUCGAUUAAGAAAAUUUUCCUGGUGACGUUUUGUCAAAAUUGUAUUGUGGUUCAACGAACUAAAAAAAGUAGGGAUUGCAAACAUUUGCCAUUUU